GGUGAAAGGGCAGUUCGGUGCACUAAAGCUUCCACUAUGCACGAGGUCCGGAGAUGUACAUUACUCCAUUUUGAUGAAGGGGGUGUUCAAGAUUUGGCCUUUUGAAGGUACUAGGUACUUUUAAGCUCAAUUGAGGUGAUUUUGAGGCAUUUUGUAUACACUCAUAAGCUCCCAUUUCGUUGUCUACUAUUGUCUGUGUCAUUUUUUUGUGUCCAUUUGGCGAAAUGGGGGUUCAAGUUUUGGCUAUUUAGAGCUAUGGUUGAGCUAAAUUGAGGUGAUUUUGGGGGCAUUUUUAUGGGAAUGCCUCCAUUUGGAGGAGAAGAAUGAGCAAAGAAAGAGAAGUAGAAGAAGAAGAGAAAGAGUGUUUUUACGACUCUCUUGAUCGUUUGCUUUCUUCUGCGAACGCUUCUUGUUCCUCUUCGUCUUCUCCUUCUGAAGACGAAGGAGAAGGAGACAAAGAUAGAGAUUGUAUUUUCAAUUGUGCAAUGGGCGUUUCGAAUAACUAUGAUGUUUGGAUCUCUGAACCUUGCUCUAUUCAAGAACGUAGACUCCGGCUUUUUCGUCAAAUGGGGCUCUCCCACGUUGUUGGAAGAUCGGUUUCAUCAGUUCAUUGUAAUGAUUCACAAGGUAGUAGUGACAAUGGUGGUGACUGUAUAGUUGUAAAUAAUGAUGGAAACCCGAGUCAAAGUCUUAGUGUUGAUGGAUUACAUGAGGGGAAUGGAUCUGCAUUGUCGACUAGAGCUGAUACCGGGGAAAAUGAGAGGCGUGAUUUGUUGCCUGUAGUAGAAAGUGGCGAGGUAGAGGACGAUUUGGAAUCGAACAGAGAUGUUGAAAUUGAGGAGAGCGUGUGUACGAUAAAGAAUCUCGAUAAUGGAAAGGAGUUUGUGGUUAAUGAAGUGAGGGAAGAUGGGAUGUGGAACAAAGUUAAGGAAGUUAGUACAGGAAAGCAGUUGACGAUGGAAGAAUUCGAUAUGUGUUUUGGAACUUCACCAAUUGUUCAGGAGUUGAUGAGGAGACAGAAUGUAGAAGACGGGAAUACUAGUAAUUUGGAUUGUAAUACGAAUGGGAUUGGUGGGACUUGUCCUAAGAUUAAAAAACGGGGAAGCUGGCUGAAGAGCAUUAGAAAUGUGGCUAGCUCGGUGAAAGGUCAUAAGGAGCGACGGAGUAGUGAUGAGAGGGAUACGUCUUCUGAAAAGGGCGGUCGAAGGUCAAGCUCUGCGACAGAUGAUAGUCAGGACGCUUCCCUUCACGGACCUGAAAGAGUUAGGGUUCGACAGUAUGGUAAGUCCAGCAAAGAACUUACAGCUCUUUAUAAGAGCCAAGAGAUACAGGCACACAAUGGUUCUAUUUGGACCAUACAAUUUAGUUUGGAUGGAAAAUAUCUUGCUAGUGCCGGUGAGGACCGCGUCAUACAUGUUAGGGAGGUUACAUUAUCAGACAGGAAAGGUGAUCUAUCGCUUGAUAAACCAGAAGAUGGGAAUUUUAAUCUAUUGCUCUCGGCAACUGCUUCUCCAGAGCCAAUUUCUAUGUCACCAAGUUUUGAUGGCCAUUUGGAGAAGAAAAAAAGAGGAAGGUCAUCUACAAGUCGAAAAUCAAUGGGCUUUGAGCAUAUUUUGGUGCCAGAGACGGUUUUUGCGCUUUCAGAAAAGCCCAUCUGUUCAUUUGAGGGCCAUUUGGAUGACGUGCUUGACCUCUCGUGGUCCAAGUCUCAGCAAUUGCUCUCAUCAUCAAUGGACAAAACUGUGCGGCUUUGGGAACUGUCUAGUAAAUCUUGUUUGAAGAUCUUCUCGCACAGUGACUAUGUAACCUGCAUCCAGUUUAACCCUGUUGAUGAUAGAUACUUCAUCAGUGGCUCCCUAGAUGCUAAGGUUCGCAUAUGGAGCAUUCCCGAGCGGCAAGUUGUCGAUUGGAAUGAUCUGCAUGAGAUGGUCACUGCUGCUUGCUACACACCAGAUGGUCAGGGGGCACUUGUUGGAUCAUACAAGGGGAGCUGUCAUUUGUACAGCAUAUCAGAUAAUAAAUUGCAGCAAAAAGCUCAAAUCAAUCUGCAGAAUAAGAAGAAGAAGACUCACCAAAGGAAAAUUACUGGUUUCCAGUUUGUGCCAGGAAGUAUGUCACAAGUGCUUAUAACAUCUGCAGACUCAAGAAUUCGGGUUGUUGAUGGUGCGGAUCUUUUUCACAAGUUCAAAGGUUUUCGGAAUACGAGUAGGCAAAUCUCUGCCUCUACGACGGCUGAUGGAAGAUAUGUGGUCUGUGCUAGUGAGGAUUCACAUGUCUAUAUCUGGAAACACGAAGGCGACUCUCGGCCAAGCAGAAAUAAAGGUGUUACUAUUACACAAUCUUAUGAGCAUUUUCAUUCUCAAGAUGUUUCAGUAGCCAUUCCUUGGCCUGGCAUGUCGGAUACGUUGAGAUAUCACACUUCAUCUUCAGGAGAACAAAGUAGUCAUGAUGGUCUCGACGAGGUCUCCACUGCUAACCAUCCACCUUCACCUGUCGAAGAGUGCUCGCCAUUGACUUCUGGCUGUGGUAAUAGUCCUCUUCAUGGAACCAUAUCUAGUGCCACAAACAACUACUUCUUCGAUAGAAUCUCAGCGACAUGGCCCGAGGAGAAACUUCUCUUAGCUACUAAAUAUCGUAGUCCUCGAGUGAGUACAGAUGCUAGUAUCGACUUCUCCAGUGGCUUAACUCAAACAAAAUUCUGCUGGGGUUUGGUCAUUGUAACCGCGAGCCACCGAGGGGAGAUCAGGACUUUCCAAAAUUUCGGCUUACCAAUCCGGAUUUAAAGCGCCAUAAAGAAGGUCGAUCUCUCCGGGAAUGCUGCUCGAGAUGUUACGAUACACAGCUACAGCCAAGUUUACCAUGUUUGUACAGAUAGAAUUGUAUUAUACAAGUGAUUUUUUCUUUGUUAGAAAGGGAAAAAAAGAGAAAGGGUACAUCUUUGUUAGAAAGGGAUAGUUUAUUUUUCUGUAAUCAACAAUUGUGUAGAGUUUGGAAAUCUUGUAAUUUCAUUGAGUUGAAACAAAAUUCUUUGAAAAUUCAUUUAAAUUUCUGUUAAGAGCUUGUGACCCGAAUUUUGUUGA